ACUUAAAAACAAAUGAAAACUAACGCUAAAACUUAAUAGCAGUUAUAUGCUCCGAGUGCAUAGUUUAAACUAUUUUAAUUUCAUAUUAUAAUUGUGAAACCAAAAUGAAUCGACACCCACCUCCUGAUCAUAAAAGUCGUGGAGAGCCGCAAGCAGAAUUAGAAAGUCAAUUUAUCUUAAGAUUACCCCCGGAUUCAGCGAAAGUCUUAAGAGAAACAUUGAGAAGUGGAGCUCCCAUAAAAGAUAGACUUAGUAUUAAAUUAGAAAAUGAUAUGCGAUAUGGCGAAGUAAGAUUAGAUCAUUGGUUACUGCAUGCUAAGGUGGUUGAUUUGCCUACCAUUGUAGAAUCUUUAAAAACUAUCGAUAAUAAAAGUUUUUAUAAAACAGCAGACAUAUGUCAGAUGUUAAUAUGCAAAGAAGAGGAUGAUCAUACUACUACAGAUGAAGAAUCACCUAUGAGACAAAAGAAAAAAGAUCCUAACAAGGUUGAUAAGAAAUUUUUAUGGCCACAUGGUGUAACACCACCUACAAAGAAUGUAAGACGUAGAAGAUUCAGAAAAACUUUAAAGAAAAAGUAUGUAGAAGCACCAGAAAUAGAGAAAGAAGUAAAAAGAUUAUUAAGAGUUGAUAAUGAAGCAGUCAAUGUUAAAUGGGAAGUGAUAUGCGAAGAUGAGGACCAAUCUAAGCCAAGUAAAGUAUCAUCAUCUGGAACUGUUAAAUCUAGAAGGGAUAAUAAUAAUGGUAACACAUCACAAAGUUUAGAUGUCGCUGAACAUGAUAUAUUUGGUGAACCUGUGAGUGAUAGCGAAGAUGAUGAUGAAGAAGCAAACAUUAAUGUUAUGGAACUAGAUGAAAAUAGUAGGCUGUCAGGUGAUAGCAGGGCAACUGAUUCUAAUUCCAUGCAGGCUGCAUACUCUGAACGAUCGAGUAAUAAUGCAACUACGAGUUGUGGCCUUGUAACAGAAUUUAGUAAAGAAAUGUUCCAAAAUGAAAACAAUUCCGAAGCUGAUGGAGAAAAACCGACAGACACAGCAGAACUUAAAGUUCCAAAAUUAGAACAGUUUCAUUCAGAAUAUAUUAUUCCUGACGAUUUUUCGGAAUCUCCAUCUAUUUCGAUGCCUAAAGAUUCAUUACAAACGAGACUUGCCACGCUUCAUGCUGAAUUAGGAGAACUGCGCCAACGAAGACAGCAGCAAGAGAUUGAAAUUGCGAAUAUAGAGAAUGUUAAACUUAGACAGAGAUUUCAAGAAAUAUUGGAUAAUUUGUUAACUCAAGAAAUGCAGAAAGUGCACGAGAUUCAAGACUUGGAAUUGGAAUAAAAAUGAACAGUUAUUGUUCGUUCGAAUGUUGAGGAUUCCUAAAUAGUAUUAAAUCAAAAAAAU